AUGGAACAACCAGAUGAUGAAUUUAUAGAGACUAUUGUCAUUUUAACAAAGCAUAAUAACAAAAAUAGCAAUGACAAAGCAAGAGAAGCAAAACAAAGAUUCGAUAACUAUGUUUUAGAUAGAAACAAAGUUGUCAAGGGAGUUUAUCCAACUUAUAAAUAA